CUGCCGCACGGCAAGCGACAAUUUUGUCUAACCGUGGCUAGGCCAUAAGGGCUAGUUUUACUCAAAUUUUGUUUUUGUAAGUAAGAAGAUAUGAGCGACAACGAGAAGGAUUUUGUUGAACGGGAGUCCCGCUCCGGCUCCAGGAGUGUGAGUCCUCAGGGCUCCAGGAAAUCAGCCAGUCGCUCCCCGGCCCAGUCCCCCGCCCGCUCUAAGGACGGGUCACGGCACUCCCGCUCCAAAUCUCGCUCCAGGUCCAAGUCCAGGUCCCGUUCUCACCGGAGCUCCCGCCGGCACUACUCCCGCUCUCGGUCCCGUUCCCCCGUCCGCCGGCGUUCCAGGAGCCGCUCCUACAGCAGGGAAUACCGCCGCCGCAGAAGCCACAGCCACUCUCCCAUGUCCAACCGCCGACGCCACAUCGGCAACCGGGCCAACCCUGACCCAAACUGCUGCCUGGGCGUGUUUGGACUCAGCCUUUACACCACAGAGAGGGAUCUGAGAGAGGUGUUCUCCAAAUACGGCCCCCUGAGCGACGUCAGCAUCGUCUACGACCAACAGUCGCGGCGCUCCCGUGGCUUCGCCUUUGUCUACUUCGAGAAUGAAGAAGACUCCAAGGAGGCUAAAGAACGUGCCAACGGUAUGGAGCUGGAUGGACGACGGAUCAGAGUGGACUUCUCCAUCACAAAGAGGCCGCACACCCCUACUCCCGGCAUCUACAUGGGACGUCCCACCUACGGAGGAGGAGGUCCAAGCGUGUCUCGCCGCUCACGAGACUACUACGACAGAGGCUACGACCGUGGUUACGAUCGUUAUGACGACAGGGAGUACUAAUACGCAGGUCUCCCAUCUCCAUACUACAGUCGCGGAACAUACAGAUCUCGGUCGCGGUCCUAUUCCCCAAGGCAUUACUGAAGAAAGAGUGGCAGGCGAUGAUUCAGGGAAGGGUUGAAAAAAGGAUGGGACAAAAGGGGGGGGGGCAGGGGCGUAUUACAACUCUGAAGUAGAUAAAGUACAACUAUCUGUUUGUAUACUCUUUAUUGUAUAAAGUUUUCAGUUGUCAAACUGAGAUCAGGGCUUCUCCUCUGUAGGUUAAUUUAAACCUGUCACAAGCCUUUUUACAAAGAGUGAUCUGUCUUCUUUCUCCAACAUUUUUGCCCUGUUCUUUGUAGUGGAUGAAUUGUAUUUCAGUCAUUUUUGUCUGGUUUAUACUCCCAUUUCAAUUUGGUGUUAGUAUUUUCGUACUUGUGUAUAGUGCUCUUGGUGCUACUAAGUGGUACACAUGACGUUAAAGCUUUUCUGUGUUUUGUGAUCUGUGAUUUUAA